ACUUUACUAGUUUACUAUCAUAAGAUUCAUUCAUCAGCAACGUUGACGUAAGCUUCCGUUCAUACACGAGCUGAAUUCCGGUCGCCGCUCUAAUCCAUUUCUUAAUCCUUAUGACCUCCAAAGUAAAUGCUGCGAAAAUAAAUAAGCCUGGGGAACCUGACUUGUACAAGCAACCGGUAUUGGAGAAAGCCUUGAAGCAUGCAUUCAAUCUGCAAUCCUUCUGUUCCUUCGCAGAAACCAGGCAAGAACUGCCGGAUGCAGCAACCGCCUAAAAGAUAGGCGCCUGCAAUUGCCUGUACCUUGGCUGGCAUACAUGGCGAGACUGCUUCCAAGAACCUCAUAGCUCAUGGACAUAGACAUGGACUCCCUCCUCUUCUUCCAUCGCCACCCCUAUUUAACCAUCCAUAGUUCUCUCCGUUCUCCAGCGACCACUGUUCCAUCCAAUCCAAGCACCCGGUUGAGCUGCCGUUUUCUGUGAUCUCCGUUGCUCAAUCUAGUCCGUCGUACGGCAUCGCCAUGGGCGCCGCCGACAAGGGCACCGGCGUGCAGUUCGAGGACUUCCUGCCGUCGAUGGCGAGGAAGCUGGGCGUGGAGGGGCUGAUCGAGGAGCUCUGCAAGGGGUUCGAGCUGCUCAUGGACCCCGGCGCCGGCAAGAUCACCUUCCGGAGCCUGAAGAGGAACGCGGCGAUGCUAGGGCUCGGCGAGCUCCGGGACGACGAGCUGUCGGAGAUGAUGAGGGAAGGGGACCUCGACGGGGACGGCGCGCUGGACCAGAUGGAGUUCUGCGUCCUCAUGGUCAGACUCAGCCCCGAGCUGAUGCAGGAUGAGUCGCAUAGGGCGUUCCAGUGUUGACAUAAUCUGAUCGGUGCUUGUUAGCUAGUGGAAUGCAACAUUAUAAUACAGUGAGCGUUUUGAGGAUUUGUCGAUAGUGUGAUUAUGCAUUUUAUUUCCCCUAACGAAGCAUAACAGCCUGACAACUCAUGCUA